GUCUCAGCAUUGUCAUUUCAGUUGGACACUAACUAGCUAUUUGGUAGGAAAUGGUAUAGCUCUUACAAUUCUUCUGGGACAAUUGACCUCUCAGUGUUGAAACCUUACAAGAAGAUCUAGAUACAAACACGUCGCGUGUUAUUUCUCUAUCCAAUUGACGGACGUGAACAAGUUUUCCUCGCAGUGUCUAGGUUCAAUUUACUUCUACUUCUGGUUCGAUGUAACUUCUUUUUAUUGUGAUUUUCUAUUAAAAGAUUUUGAUGAAGUCAACUUUAAAAAAAAGUUAAUGAAACGUUAAAAAAAAAAAGCCAUUUGAAUAGGUGACCUACAUUUGUUGAAACUGGAAAUAUUGUGACUUGCACAUCUUCUCGGACUCUCAGACUUUGUAUGCAUUUCAUGUACAUCAGACAACAUAAGUUAUAAGAACAUUUUUAUUAGGACAGUUUCCAUGCAGGAUGUUGAAGGAGUACCAAGACUCUGAAUGUCGCCUCAAGUUUCUAUAGAGCCUGGUCAGGAGGUCGCUGUUGUCUGCAAGACUGUGACUUGCAUGAAGAUCCAGUCCCAGAGCGUGGUGGUCAAGACAAUGUCUCAGGUUACCGUUGGCGACAUGCCGGACAGCAGGGCUGCCCUUCUGGCAGCCGAAUUUGAGCGAGGGAACGCUCUGGUGAGGCUCUGCCGGGGAAACCCUCUGACCAAAGCAGGGAAGCGAAUACAGAUGGCAAGAAUGCUAGUAUUAACUAUACUGCCAACAAUUGCUCUGGUUAUAAUGUCCAGUAUUGAUCUAAAAAACAAGGCCAAUAAGACACUGGCAGCCCAGCAAGUCUCGGAUAUAAUAAGACUGAGCAUGCAGGUAGGGGAGCUCAUUCAUUACAUGCAAGUAGAACGAGGCUACACGGCGCUGCAUUUCAUUUCCGUCACAGACUCUAAAAACAGCCAUCUUGGCGUGGAGACGAAGGCAUUGGUCAGAGAAAGCAUGGACAACACUGACAAAAAAAUCGGCAACCUUCGACUGUGGCCCUUGGACAACGCAACGAGGUAUGGGAUGUUUGCUGACUUUGCCCAGUUCAAGGUCAUGCUACAGAACUACAGAGAUAACUUGUUGAACUCACCGGACACGAACAGAACCAUUCGUCAAGAGAUGUCUUUCUAUGUCAGCGUUAUUGAGUAUCUGAUUCAAUGGCUGUAUGGAGCUAUACAGUACACACAGGAAGGGAACGAAUGGAGACAGCUUGUGGCUUACCAGCUUCUUAUUUCUUGCAAGAAUGACAUAGGUAUUGAAAGAACAUUGGGCGGAGUCUUUUAUAUGGUUGGACAGUUCCGGCAAGAUGAGUUUAUGUGGUUCUUGAGCUCUCAGAGUAGAGGAAUAGGUAACUUCCUGGCCUGUCAGCUGUUUUCUCCUUUGUUACAAGAACUCUAUGAUAAAAAAAUGGAAAAACACAGACAGGACAACCUGAUCAACAACAUUGACAGAAUGAGGAAUGAGAUUAUAGUCGUCUCUGAGAACACCAGCAGAGUGAUCGAGAAAUCGUUUGACGCCAGCACCUGGUGGUUUGACAACAUGACCUUGUUCCUCAACGUUCUCUUUGACAUUCAGAAUGCGCUGGCCAUCGAUAUAGCUGAGUCUUUGGAUGAGUUGAGUCGCCAGUCGACCGAGGACAUAUCGAUUAGCAUUACCUUAGUGUGUGUCUUCGUCUUCUUGGCACCAGUCAUCGUCCUAUCUGUGCGAAUGUUGCUGCUGGAUAUACAGAAAUAUGCCAACUCUCUCUCGGAACAAACCAAAGAGCUGAACAAGGAAAGAAAGAGAGCCGAGUCUCUGCUCUACCAGAUGUUGCCCGAGCAGGUCGCCAAGCAGCUCAAAGAAAACAAGACUGUGCCUGCUGAGAGUUAUGAAGACGUGACCAUAUUCUUCUCGGAUAUAGUCGGAUUUACUACUAUAGCCGCCUCGUGUACGCCCAUGGAAGUAGUCGCCCUCUUAAACAGCCUCUACACUUGCUUUGAUAGGAGGCUGGAGCUUUACGACGUCUACAAGGUAGAGACCAUAGGCGACGCCUACAUGGUGUCAUCGGGUGUCCCUAAAAGAAAUGGCAGAAAGCAUGUAUCCCAGAUUGCCACAAUGGCCUUGGACCUUGCACAUCAUGCCGGGCAUAUCAACAUACCUCAUCUACCUGGCAAAUACCUCAGUCUCAGGGCCGGCAUCCACACAGGUGCUGUAGUAGCCGGUGUCGUGGGCUCAAGAAUGCCAAGAUACUGUCUUUUUGGUGACACUGUCAACACAGCCAGCAGAAUGGAGUCCACUGGAAAGGCUGACCGCAUUCAAGUGUCCAGUGCUACAUGUGCAGCCUUAGAUACCCAGGGAAGUUUUUCUUUAGAGUGCAGAGGUCACGUAGAGGUCAAAGGCGACGUGGCCAAGUACCUCCCCAGUCCCACUAAACUGGUUAGUAGCUCGGGACCUUUGGUUCCUUACAAAAGAAACUCUCCGUUACCCAUGCCCGGAUACAUUCCGCCCACCUCGCCUGACCUGGACAACGCACAUAGCGAGCUGCAAGCCGGCUCGAACGGUCACGUGAUCAGCAACGGGACGUCAGAAGUGACCAAGGGCAAGGACGGCACUACCGUGGUCAUUUAUGCCCCCGUCAGUAAAACCUUGGACCACGCUGGGCCCCCUUUCACCUUAAUGGAGUUCACGCUCCAGAAUACGUAUCGACUGGUACUUCAGGGCAAGGGUUUGAUGCAGACUUAUUGGCUGCUAGACAAGACUGGCUUUGAAGUGGGAUUUCCUUGUAUUCCAGGCUGUCAGAAGUUUAAUGACACCCAAUCGGCACGCAUCCAUCAAAACAAAGAACCUGCCAACACAGUGCCCAGUAUCAACUUUAAUAAAGAGUCCCAGCGGCCAGCCCACAGUUGAAGAUGUUUCCUUGUGAUAUUUGAAGAAACUAUUUGGGAUGUUGAAUGACGAUCGAUGCGGUAUUUUGAAGAUCCGUCAUGAGACAUUACAAUCUGGCUAAUAGCACCAAAGACUCGAAAUUUAUUUUAAUACUCAAUGUGAUAUUCAUGAUUGUAUUUCUCUGUUUGGUAUAAAAUGCAUGUUUGGUAAACUAUAAAAUCUGACAAGCUUUAAAUACAUAUAUUUAUAACCAAAGGAUGUUAGCUGACACAAAGUGAAAUAAUUUCAUGAGACGUGUGUACGCUAUAGAGUGUGACAUGCUGGUCUUAUUUACAACUAAGAUAAGAGUUGAUGGCUUGGUUGGAAGGAAUGUAAGAUAUGAUUUAAGACAACAGUGCUUUGUUCUAUUUUGAUUAGAUCUACAGUUCUUUGAUAUACUUUAAUCUACAGUAAUUUAAUAUAAUUUGAUUUAAUUUACUUUGAUUAGAUCUACAGUUCUUUAAUCUACUUUGAUUUGAUAUACUUUGAUUUGAUCUACAGUUCUCUGAUAUACUUUGAUUUGAUAUACUUUGAUUUGAUCUAUAGUUCUUAGAUAUACUUUGAUUUGAUAUACUUUGAUUUGAUCUACAGUUCUUUGAUAUACUUUGAUUUGACAUACUUUGAUUUGAUAUACUUUGAUUUGAUAUACUUUGAUUUGAUAUACUUUGAUUUGAUAUACUUUGAUUUGACCUACUUUGAUUUGAUCUACUUUGCUUUGAUUCUAGUCAUAAAAAAAACAGGAAGACACAUAUCUGACUUCUACAGUUUGGUAUAACAAGAAUUCUUCUAAAGAAACUUCUGAAGAAAUGUACAAAACAAUCUAUUGUCUUUUCCGUCCACGUGAAAUGUCUAUGUCAGUUUGACUCUUUGAGAUUGACCAAAACUUCGAUCUACGGGCCACUUUCGGCUCAUUAGAUUGUACUAUGCGGCCUUCAAAACUUCUUUACACCUUGAAUAAUAAAAUCUCAGAGGCUUGGAUCCAUUGGAAUACAAAUUAGUUUAAAAGAUAUGUCCAGGAAGAUAAAAAGUUACGUGGCCCUCAGUCCGAAAUAGUUUGGACAUCACUGCAAUAGACUCUUAUAGCUUGUAGUACUAUGAACGUUGACCCUAACCAGGAACUGUGGCAGAUCAUUUCACUUUAGGACUAGUGGGAUGGGAAAAUAAGUCAUAUCUAGAAGACUUCUUGGUCAUUUAUACAUCUUUAAUUUCGUAGCCAUAGCAUAAAAUCAUUCUUAUUUAAUUCCAUGUCAUUCGUUAGUAGAAUGACACUUUAAAUUGUCGUUACUUUAACAAUGACACUUUCCAUCCUUUCUGUGUCAUGCAGUGACACUUUCAAAUGUCACAAUUUCAUUGAAAGAUUCUCACAAUUUUAUCUCUUUCAUUCAGAAGUCAUGUUACAUAGUCAUUCAAUUACUGUUUGAAAAGAAAUGUAUUUAUUUGAUAAUAUCUAGAUUCUUUUUGUGUAUAUACACUGUGCAAGUCAAUGUUCUAAUGAUCUUUUCAAAUGCACAUACUGGAAAGGACUUGCAAGUCAAUUAUCUCCUUGAUUUGGAAUACAUACUUAUAGCUCCAUCUAAAAUUAAUAUAUUGUUUUGCCAAGUACUUAUUAUAAUUGCUCAUGUAAUAUUUUGUAAUUAAGAAAAAUAUUUUUGAACAUGUUUACUUGUUACAUAGAGUGGUAAUUAAAUAAUUCCUUAUACUCUGGACAGAGUACAAUCUGCAUUUAUCAGAAAUUGUUUUAGACGCUGAAAUCAUUGCUUCAGUUCUGGGUUGAGAAACUACUUGGUCAUGAAUGUUGUGAAUGCAAACAAAAGAUAUUCUGUGUGAGAGGAGAGAUCUGUGUGAGAGGAGAGAUCUGUGUGAGAGGAGAGAUCUGUGUGAGAGGAGAGAUCUGUGUGAGAGGAGAGAUCUGUGUGAGAGGAGAGAUCUGUGUGAGAGGAGAGAUCUGUGUGAGAGGAGAGAUCUGUGUGAGAGGAGAGAUCUGUGUGAGAGGAGAGAUCUGUGUGAGAGGAGAGAUCUGUGUGGAGAGAUCUGUGUGAGAGGAAAGAUCUGUGUGAGAGGAGAGAUGUGUGAGAGGAGAGAUCUGUGUGAGAGCUGUCUGGUCAAUUAUUAGUGUAAACCUUAUUUUUGAAACUGUAUCUUAAUCAUUUUGAUAAAUCAGGUCAAUGUUUGACUGUUGUGAUGCUGUAAUGUUCACUGGAAUGUUUACCCAUGAUGAAGAGGUCAGUCAUUUUUAAGGAAUAAUUUUGUUGUCCCUACAUUACGUUGGCCCUUGCUAUAGUUUCUAAGAUGUUCUUCUUACAAUUGUAAUCAUUGAUCUACCAAAUCCAGUUGUAAACUUGUUCAUAGAAAACUUUCGUUUCAAAAGGUUUCAUCCAUUCCAGAAUUGUUCUCAAAUAAGUUCAGUUUUGGCUAAUUCUUCCUCAGGUUUUGGUUUUAGGAACUUCAGACGUCGCUUCAUGGGUAAAGAUUAGUACGCCUUAUGCCAAACCUCUAGCAGGAAUGCAGGGGAUCAAACCUCUAGCAGGAAUGCAGAUGAUCAAACCUCUAACAGGAAUGCAGGGGAUAGAACAUGAUUUGACAGCCCCGAAGUGCAUACCGCACGACCAGGCAAAUGUAGUGGUUACAUCUACUUAGUUACAUUAUUUCCUUUACUUGUAGUCUUUUCUAAAAUGUCUAUGAAAACUGUUUUGAGCUAGUUUUUACGGUAAUUUCUUUUUCAAAGUAAUUUGCCUGAUCAGAGAAAUGUUCAGAGCAGAGCAGAAUAUCAAAAUAAUCUUAUUGCUUGCUAUGUUUAUAUGUAUCUUAUCAAAAUGUCUAUAAAUGCGUCAAAUUUGCUGAUAAUAAACUAUUG